UUCUAAUUUGUGUGGAAAGCAAUUUGCAAAGUAUUUGCUUAGCUUCGAUACCCAGUUGAGAAACUCAAUUCUCUGCAAAGAGCUUUGUCUUUCUUCAGAGAAUGACAACUUUCUUAACCGCACACAACUUGUCUUUCAUUUUCGGCCUUCUAGGCAAUAUUAUCUCAUUCUUCGUGUUCCUCUCACCGAUACCAACAUUUUACACAAUAUGGAAGAAGAAGUCAGCUGAGGGCUAUCAAUGCCUUCCCUAUGUGGUUGCCUUGUUUAGUGCAAUGCUUUUGAUGUACUACGCUUUCGUCAAGGUCGGUGAUGCCAUCCUUCUCAUCACCAUAAACUCUUUUGGAAUCUUCAUCGAGACCAUUUACAUUACCAUGUACUUUUACUAUGCCACAAAGAAAAUCAAGAUCAAGACAAUGAUGACCGUUGUAAUCAUGUUUUGUGCUUAUGGUGUGAUCCUUGCCUCAACCCUAGUUUUCACCAAAGGUGCAAUGCGUGAGCGUGUCGUUGGAUGGGCUUGUCUAAUAUUCUCUAUUAGUGUAUUUGUGGCACCUAUGUUCAUCUUGAAAAAAGUGAUAAAGACCCGGAGUGUUGAGUUCAUGCCAUUCUCUUUAUCACUUUCCCUCACAGUUAAUGCUGUCAUGUGGUUUUUCUAUGGUCUCCUUAUAAAGGAUAUGAACAUCGCGGUUCCCAAUGUCCUAGGGUUUGUCUUCGGUCUCAUCCAAAUGACACUAUAUUGGAUGUACAAGGAUGGAAAGAAAAUCGUGGAGGAUGAAAUAUUUGCCAAGGACAACAAGGCCGGGAAACAAGUAGUGAUCGAGAUGAAUGAGGAUGAUAAAGCGAGGAUUCCUGAUUUAGCCGAACAACUAAUCGAAAUAGCCAAGCUCAAGGCGAUGAUCGCUCCAAAUAUGAUUCCACUAGUCCCCAAUCCAAGAGAGAACGUUGUAUGCGGAGAAACCCUAAUUGUGCCACAACCAAACAUAUCCAUUCCUGUCCAUGCUUGAGGUUAACUGAAACCCUUCUCCCCAGUCAAUUGCUAAUUAGUUUGGUUAAUUAAUUAAGGUUUGCUUUGUAUGAAGUCAUAGUCAAGUAACUUACAAUAAGCCUGUCUAUCCCUAUAGAUAAUUAAUCUUUGGGCUUUUCUCUAUUA